AUGAACACAUUUACCCUCGGUACCCUCGCACUCAAGUUAAACAAGAGGAGGAUCUACAACAGGCGAAUGCGGAGAACACUGGCGGAACACAUUGCGGAGACAGUCAUCAGCAGCAGUGACACAACAGGCCUACUCUCCACGGUCUCACACCAAUCCACUCAGCCAGUGCAAGAGAAGUCAAUACAGCAGGCGAAUGCGGAGAACACUGCGGAGAACAUUGCGGAGACAGUCAUCAGCAGCAGUGACACAACAGGCCUACUCUCCACGGUCUCACACCAAUCCACUCAGCCAGUGCAAGAGAAGUCAAUACAGCAGGCGAAUGCGGAGAACACUGCGGAGAAACCAAGCGGCAACAAGGCCCCCAGCACCAAGAACACGGCUCAGCUCUCCAAGAUCCCACGUCAUAUGCUCUCCACGGUUCCACAUCAAAUCAUCACUCAGCAAGCGGAGAACACCACUACAACUUGGCCUGCAAAUGCGGAGAACACUGCGGAGAACACUGCGGAGAACACUGCGGAGAACACUGCGGAGAACACUAUGGAGAAUACUGCGGAGAAACCAAGCGACAACAAGGCCACCAUCGUCAAGAACACGGCUCAGCUCUCCAAGAUCCCACGUCAUAUCAGUUAUCCACUCAAGGAGGAGCAAGAGGAGGAACUACAACAGGCAAAUGCGGAGAACACUACGGAGAAAUCAAGCGGCAACAAGGCCACCAUCGUCAAGAACACGGCUCAGCUCUCCAAGAUCCCACGUCAUAUCAGUCAUCCACUCAAGGAGGAGCAAGAGGAGGAACUACAACAGGCAAAUGCGGAGAACACUGCGGAGAAACCAAGCGGCAACAAGGCCACCAUCGUCAAGAACACGGCUCAGCUCUCCAAGAUCCCACGUCAUAUGCUCUCCACGGUUCCAUAUCAAAUCAUCACUCAGCAAGCGGAGAACACCACUGCAACUUGGCCUGUCAUCCCCACUGCAUUGAUAUAG